AGGCACAGGAAACCCAGAGGAGCACAGGUCUAGGAGGUCUGUGAGGUCCUAAGUCACCCUCCUGCCUUCCCCUCAGGGCUCUGUGUCUUAAAGGAAGAAACACCAGCAGCUCUGACCUGGGCAGACCUUCAGGGAAGAUGCAGCCACUCCUGCUCUUGUUGGCCUUUCUUCUGCCUCCUGAGGCUGGGACAGGGGAGAUCAGAUGGGGCAAAGAAGCCAGACCACAUUCCCGGCCCUACAUGGCAUUUCUACGUUUCUACAAUGACAAAGAAGUCAAGGUGAGAUGUGGAGGGUUCCUGGUACGAGACAACUUCGUGCUGACAGCAGCUCACUGUAAUGGAAGAAAUAUAAGUGUCACCCUGGGUGCUCAUAAUAUCGGAAAAAUGGAAAGCAGCCAGCAGAUCAUUCCUGUACUCAAAGCCUUCCCUCACAAGGAUUAUAAUAAUAAUUCCAAGUUCAACGACAUCAUGCUACUGAAGCUGCGAAAAAAGGCUCAACUCAACAGGGCUGUGAAGACCAUCGCCCUGCCACGGAGGCAGGACUGGGUGAGGCCGGGGCAGGUGUGCAGCGUGGCAGGCUGGGGAAAACGGGCAAGUGGUAAAAUGCCAAACAGACUCCGGGAGGUGGAUCUGGAAGUUCAGGAUGGCCAGAAGUGCGAGAACCUCUUCAAAAACUACAACAACUCCAUCCAGCUGUGUGUGGGGAAUCCUAAGGACAAGAAGGCCACAGGAAGCGGGGACUCCGGAGGCCCCUUCGUGUGUAGCAACGUGGUCCAGGGCAUUGUUUCCAUUGCAAAAGCGAAUGGGAAACCUCCACGUGUCUUCACCAGGAUCUCAAGCUUUCUGCCCUGGAUAAAAAGCACAAUGAGAUACUUCAGACUACAGGGACCAGACUGA